UGCUCCCAACCUGCCCGGUGGGGCCGGCAGCGAGCCAGGCACCAGCUUCUGCUGGUGUUCUUCCUCCUCCUCCUCGUCCUCCCCCCAGAUGUUGCGGGUCCCGCUGGGGUUGGGCAGCAUCUGCUGUGCCGGACGGACGUGUCCGUCUGUCGGCGCGGGGAGGUGGGUGUUCAUCUCCACAGCAACCGCCGGCUGACGAGCGGCGGUGCUCCGCGCCAGGUGCGCGCUCUGUGUAUUUUCAGAGACGGAGCGUAAAUAUUGUUAAAAGUUGGUUCCCAUCUGAAAUGGCUCCUGGCCGGGGCUGGAAGCCCGCGGCGCGGUGCGGCCCUGCCCGGCAGCAGCACGGAGCUGCCUGCAGCGGAGGCGCUGGCUUGGAGGAGGCCGCUGGACGGCCUCUGUCCAGAGCUCUCCUCCGCCGCCAGCAGCCCUGCUUCGCCCUUGGGUUUGCUGCCGUGAGGAAGAUACUUGGCUGUUGAUUGUAAUUUCAUUAUGUCACAAGGGCCAAACAUGCCUCUUGAUAAUAAAAGGCAAAGCGGAGCAGCAGUAAUUUCCCCCCUUCUCCCAGAAAACAAACAUUUCCUAGUGAUUUGAAUCCUGCGGUUCACGUUGCUGGGGAGUAGGAAGGUGCCAUCCCUGUAGUCCCUUGGCUUUUAGAUCUUAAGUCUUGUAAGGGCUGAGUUAUUCUGGUGCCUUUGAUGGGAGUUGAUGCUGGAGCAGCCGAUGCAUUUAGCAGCUCUGCUAAGAGGUUUUCUCCCAUCCUCCCCACACCCCGUAUCUGGGAAAGUUGAGCCUUCGCGGCCUGCAGCACGUUAGCUCUCAGUAAAUGUUUGUUUUGAUGGCACAAGCAAACCUGUGGAGAGCCAGUCCCUGCCUGGGGGGAGCAGUCACGCUCCAGGAGCGGCUCCUGACCCCACGGCGUCCCCACAGCACCUCGGGGCCACCGCAGGACCCCGCCGAGCGAGGUGCCCAACGUGCCUUGGGCUGGCGUCGGGCUCGUGGCCGUGCUCGCCUGGCUCCGAAAUGGCUGGGGUCGGUGGCAGGGGUUUUAACCCUCCUCUCUCCACUGCCUUGCACAAACAGCACGAUGCUCGGCAGAGAAUUCAGAGCGUGCACUUAAAUGCUCACCGUAACAUGGUGGUGAGGUGCUUGACCGCACUAGGUGGGAUCGCCAGGUUUCCUGAGUGGCUGUGGUGUCUGGUGAUGGGCUGAUAGUUUUUGGAUUCCCUGUCCCCAAAGAAGGGAGCUGAGCAGGGCGUACAGGUGCAGCCAGCUGAGUUGAGGUCAGGUGCGUGUCAUUUGGGAUCGUUCAUCAAGGUAUUUUUGUUGAGAUAUUGCGUGAUGGGAAAGCGUGCUAGAAGGCCUGGAGGCCAGCUCAGGAGGCCAAGUGGGGGGAGUGCUCGGAGCACAGAGCUGCUCGGUGUCACAGGCUUGUGGGUUACAGGGCUCGCUGCUCAGAGCUGUUCCUGCAGGUUGAAGGCGUUCUGAAUGCAGGCUGUGCACAGCAGCUUGCGUGUUUCACCUGUACCUCUUGUGUUGCAGAAGCUGGGACACCCCAGAAGCAGAGCAGAAGGGUUGCCCCUGAGGUGCUUCGGUGCCGAUAAGUUCCUGCAUCCAGCUGCUGAGACGACACGAUGAGGCCGUCGCUCUCCUUAGGUCCCAGCCGUACCGGGUGCAAUGAGCGCUCCGUGCCGGCCCUGCCAUGGAAGGCUGUGACUCGCCCGUCAUCCCCGGGAAGGACAAUGGGUGCGGCAUCCCUCAGCACCAGCAAUGGACUGAUCUCAACAGCACCCACCUCCCGGACACGGCCGGCAGCAUGGAGCAGCCCGCGGCGGAGAGCCGCGGACCCCUGGACAGCCUGAGGGUUCCUUUCCCUGAGCGCGUCCCUGAGAGCAGCGCCGCGGCCGGCCCCGGCACCGAGCCCGCCGGCAAGGAGGUGAGCUGCGGCCAGUGCGCGGCCUCCUUCGCUGGCCUCCAGAGCUACAUGGAGCACCGCUGCGCCGGCGCCCGCCCGCCCCCGCCUCUGAGGGGGGAGAGCGGGAGCGAGAGCAGUGAGGAUGGGGACGAGGAGAGCGAUGUGGAGAACCUGGCCGGUGAGAUCGUCUACCAGCCGGAUGGCUCGGCCUACAUCGUGGAGAGCCUCAGCCAGCUGGUGCAGAGUGGGGGCGCUUGUGGCAGUGGCAGCGGGGCUCUCCCCUCGCUGCUCCCGAACUCUCUCUCCAAGCAGGGAGAGCCCUCCGCCGCUGCCCCCGUCUACCCACAGAUCAUCAACACCUUCCACAUAGCCUCAUCCUUCGGGAAGUGGUUUGAGGGCUCAGACCAGGCCUUCCCGAAUACCUCAGCCCUGGCGGGCAUCAGCCCCGUCCUGCACAGCUUCCGCGUCUUCGAUGUGCGACACAAAAGCAACAAGGAUUACCUGAACAGCGAUGGUUCUGCCAAAAGCUCCUGCGUAUCCAAAGAUGUUCCCAACAAUGUGGACCUGUCCAAAUUCGAUGGCUUUGUGCUCUACGGGAAGAGGAAGCCCAUCCUGAUGUGUUUCUUGUGCAAGCUCUCCUUUGGGUAUGUCCGCUCAUUCGUGACCCACGCGGUGCACGACCACCGAAUGACUCUGAGUGAGGAGGAGCGGAAAAUUCUUAGCAAUAAGAACAUCUCCGCUAUCAUCCAAGGGAUAGGCAAAGACAAGGAACCCCUUGUCAGCUUUCUGGAACCAAAAAACAAAACCUUUCAGCACCCUCUUGUUUCCACAGCUAACCUCAUAGGCCCUGGACACAGUUUUUAUGGUAAAUUCAGUGGCAUUCGUAUGGAAGGCGAGCAGGCCCUCCAGGCUGGGCCAGCCGGCGGAGCGGAGCCGCCGCCGUCAGGUGUCCUGGCCCCUGGUACGCUCCUCAACCUGGGUGGGCUGACCAGCUCGGCUCUGAAGACUCCAAUUACCUCAGUCCCCCUGGGCCCGCUGGCUUCCAGUCCCACCAAAUCCUCAGAGGGGAAGGACCCUGGGGUGGCAGAGGGGGAGAAGCAAGAAGGGGGUGACCAGGACAGCCUUUCAGAGAAGGCAGAGCCAGUUGAAGAGGUAGAAGAGGAAGAAGAGGAGGAGGUGGAGGAGGAGGAGGAGGAAGAGGAGGAGGAGGAAGAGGAAGAAGAUGAGGAUGAUGAGGGUUGCAAAGGACUGUUUCCAAGCGAGUUGGAGGAUGAACUGGAGGACAGGCCCCAGGAGGACUCUGGGGCUGUGGCAGGCGGCAGCAGCAGCAGCAGCAGCAAAAAGGACCUUGCUCUCUCAAACCAAAGCAUUUCUAACUCUCCCUUAAUGCCUAACGUGCUCCAGACCCUGUCGCGGGGCACAGCUUCUACUAGUUCUAAUUCUGCUUCUUCCUUUGUCUUUGAUGGUGCAAACAGGAGGAAUCACUUAAGCUUUAACAAUGAGGGCGGUGGAGCCAACGUGGCAGAGGGCAGCAGGAGGCUGGACUUUAUCGAUGAAAGUGCCAAUAAAGACAAUGCCACAGCACCAGAACCAAAUGAGAGCACAGAGGGCGAGGACGGGAGCUACAUCUCCCAUCACCAGCAUGCUGGCCCCCUCUGUGAACUUGGGGGUGGGGAGUGCCCCUCGGGGAGCGGCGUGGAGUGCCCAAAGUGUGACACGGUCCUGGGCUCCUCGCGGUCGCUGGGUGGCCACAUGACUAUGAUGCAUUCUCGCAACUCAUGUAAGACACUCAAGUGUCCCAAGUGCAAUUGGCACUACAAGUACCAGCAGACGCUUGAGGCGCACAUGAAGGAGAAACAUCCUGAGCCAGGUGGCUCCUGUGUCUACUGCAAAAGUGGGCAGCCGCACCCACGGCUGGCACGGGGUGAGAGCUACACCUGUGGUUACAAGCCCUUCCGCUGCGAGGUCUGUAACUACUCCACUACUACCAAAGGCAACCUCAGUAUUCAUAUGCAGUCUGACAAGCAUCUCAACAACAUGCAAAACCUGCAGAACGGAGGGGGAGAGCAAGUCUUCAGCCACACCGCUGGGGCGGCAGCAGCGGCUGCAGCAGCCGCGGCCGCUGCAGCCGCCAACAUUGGUAGCACCUGUGGGGCCCCCUCCCCCACCAAACCAAAAACCAAACCCACGUGGCGGUGCGAGGUGUGCGACUAUGAGACCAACGUAGCUAGAAACCUUCGUAUUCACAUGACCAGUGAGAAGCACAUGCACAAUAUGAUGCUGCUUCAGCAAAAUAUGUCCCAAAUCCAACACAACCGGCACCUGGGCCUCGGCAGCCUGCCGUCCCCUGCCGAGGCCGAGCUCUACCAGUACUACCUGGCGCAGAACAUGAACCUUCCCAACCUGAAGAUGGAUAGCACUUCGUCAGAUGCACAGUUCAUGAUGGGUGGAUUCCAGCUUGAUCCCACCAACCCCAUGGCAACGAUGACUCCAUCUCUAGUGGGUGGAGAGAUCCCCCUGGACAUGCGGUUAGGCGGUGGACAGCUGGUGUCUGAGGAGCUAAUGAACUUGGGUGAGAGUUUCACACAAACAAAUGACCCAUCACUGAAGCUCUUCCAGUGUGCUGUGUGCAACAAGUUCACUACAGAUAAUUUGGACAUGCUGGGCCUCCACAUGAACGUGGAACGUAGCCUCCCUGAAGACGAGUGGAAGGCAGUGAUGGGAGACUCAUACCAGUGCAAGUUGUGCCGCUACAACACGCAGCUCAAGGCAAACUUCCAGCUCCACUGUAAGACGGACAAGCAUGUGCAGAAAUACCAGCUGGUGGCACAUAUCAAGGAGGGUGGGAAGGCCAACGAGUGGAGGCUGAAGUGUGUGGCCAUUGGGAAUCCAGUACAUCUGAAAUGCAAUGCUUGCGACUACUACACCAACAGUCUAGAGAAGCUGCGUCUUCACACGGUGAACUCGAGGCAUGAGGCCAGCCUGAAGCUCUAUAAGCACCUUCAGCAUCAUGAGAGCGGGGUUGAGGGUGAAAGCUGCUAUUAUCACUGUGUCCUCUGUAACUACUCCACCAAGGCCAAGCUGAACCUUAUCCAGCACGUACGCUCCAUGAAACACCAACGGAGUGAAAGCCUACGUAAGCUGCAACGCCUCCAGAAGGGUCUCCCUGAAGAAGAGGAAGACCUGGGACAGAUCUUCACCAUCCGCAAGUGUCCAGCUGCUGAUGCUGAAGAAGCCAUUGAAGAUGUGGAAGGGCCGAAUGAAACAGCCGUUGAUGCUGAAGAGCCUGCCAAGGAGCAAGAGAGCGGAGGAGACAAGGACCAGAGUAAAUGGACAGCACCAGCCAGCCAGGCAGAGAAGGAGCUGACGGAGCCUCCAGCAUCCUCUAAACGAAUAUCAUUUCCCAGCAGCUCUGAGUCGCCUCUCUCCUUUAAAUGGUCAAAAACUUCAGAGGAGACCAAAUCAGAGCAGAUGUACCAGUGUCCAUACUGCAAGUACAGUAACACCGAUGUGAAUCGGCUGCGGGUGCACGCCAUGACCCAGCACUCAGUGCAGCCCAUGCUCCGCUGCCCGCUCUGCCAGGACAUGCUGAACAACAAGAUCCAUCUGCAGCUGCACCUCACUCAUCUGCACAGUGUGUCCCCUGACUGCGUUGAGAAGCUCAUCAUGACGGUGACAACACCUGAGGUGAUGAUGCCCAGCAGCAUGUUUCUGCCAGCAGCCACUCCAGAGAAAGAUGGGAACUCCACCACCGAGGAGCUGGGGAAGCAGCCUGAGAUCUCUGAGGACUCAGGAAAGAGUCUCUUGCCAUCAGAAGGUGCAGAGCACAGCAGCGAUCCCAAACCUGUUGCAGCCGAUCAGAGCUCUGCCCGGGAUGACUCUGGUUUCCUCUGCUGGAAGAAGGGGUGCAACCAGGUGUUCAAGAGCUCAGCAGCCCUGCAGACACAUUUCAAUGAAGUUCAUGCAAAGCGGCCGCAGCUGCCAGUGUCUGAUCGCCACGUCUACAAGUACCGCUGCAACCAGUGCAGCCUGGCAUUCAAAACCAUCGAGAAGCUGCAGCUCCACUCGCAGUACCAUGUUAUCCGGGCGGCCACCAUGUGCUGCCUCUGCCAGCGCAGCUUCCGAACCUUCCAGGCCUUGAAGAAGCACUUGGAAACCAGCCAUCUGGAGCUGAGUGAGGCCGACAUUCAGCAGCUGUAUGGUGGUCUUUUGGUCAACGGGGACCUUCUUGCUAUGGGCGAUCCUUCACUUGCAGAAGACCACACUAUCAUAGUUGAGGAAGAUAAGGAGGAAGAGAGCGACUUGGAAGAUAAGCAGAGCCCAACAGGUAGUGAUUCGGGGUCGGUACAAGAGGACUCUGGCUCGGAACCAAAACGAGCCUUACCCUUCAGAAAGGGCCCUAACUUCACUAUGGAGAAAUUCCUAGAUCCAUCUCGCCCUUACAAAUGCACAGUCUGCAAGGAAUCUUUCACGCAAAAGAACAUUCUCCUGGUCCACUACAAUUCAGUUUCUCAUCUGCAUAAACUGAAAAGAGCUCUCCAAGAGUCUGCUACUGGGCAGCCCGAACCUACUAGCAGCCCAGACAACAAACCCUUUAAGUGUAACACCUGUAACGUGGCCUACAGCCAGAGCUCUACCUUGGAGAUCCACAUGAGGUCUGUCCUGCACCAAACCAAGGCUCGCGCCGCCAAGCUAGAGGCAGCUGGGGGCAGUGGCAGUAGUAACGGAGCUGGAAAUAGCAGCAGCAGCAGUCUCUCUUUGGGUUCAUCCACACCAAGCCCAGUGAGCACUAGCAACAAUAAUACUUUUACAACUACCAACACAAGUAAUUCGGGCACAACUCCCAUUCCCAGCCUGCUCAACCAGGUAUCCAGCGACAGCUUGGGAAUUGCUCCUAUAGGUAACCCUGUUAGCACUAAUAUCUCCUCCCCUUCUGAGCCCAAAGAGGUAAACCGAAAGAAGCUGGCAGACAUGAUUGCAUCCAGGCAGCAACAACAGCAGCAACAGCAGCAGCAGCAACAGCAGCAGCAGCAGCAGCAGCAGCAGCAACAACAAGCUCAGACCUUGGCACAGGCCCAGGCUCAAGUCCAGGCCCACCUGCAACAAGAACUGCAGCAACAAGCUGCUCUCCUGCAAUCUCAGCUAUUCAACCCAGCACUUUUGCCGCACUUUCCAAUGACCACUGAGACCCUUCUGCAGCUUCAACAACAGCAGCAUCUUUUGUUUCCUUUCUACAUCCCCAGUGCCGAGUUCCAGCUCAAUCCAGAAGUUAGCUUGCCUGUCACCAGUGGUGCUCUAACACUGACGGGCACAGGUCCGAGUUUGCUGGAGGACCUGAAGGCCCAAGUUCAGCUCCCUCAGCAGAGCCAUCCACAGCUCUUACAACAGCAGCAAGGUCAGCUGUCCCUGUCACAACCUCAUGUCCUUAUACAGCAGAGCCAGCACCCAGAGAAGAAGAAUAAAUCUGUAGUGAAGGAGAAAGAAAAAGAAACCCCACGGGAAAGGGAAAGUGCAGAGAGGGGAGACAAUAAUGCAGCAUCUAAGGAGUCUUUGCCUGAUAACUUAAAGCCCAAAGACAAGAAGGACUUUGUACCAGGCAGCAAUUCAGAGCCCUCCUUACUGCCUCCGCGUAUUGCAUCUGAUGCAAGAGGGAAUGCCACAAAAGCCUUGCUAGAAAAUUUUGGCUUUGAGCUUGUCAUUCAGUAUAAUGAAAACAAGCAGAAGGUGCAGAAGAAAAAUGGGAAGACAGAGCAAGGUGAGAACUUGGAAAAGCUAGAGUGUGAUACAUGUGGCAAGUUCUUUUCAAAUAUCCUCAUCCUGAAGAGCCACCAAGAGCAUGUUCACCAACAUUACUUUCCCUUUAAGCAGUUAGAGAGAUUUGCCAAACAGUACAGAGAACACUAUGACAAACUGUACCCGCUGCGGCCUCAGACCCCCGAGCCACCACCACCACCUCCACCACCCCCACCUCCACUCCCUCCGGCACCUCCUCAGCCAGCUUCUACUCCUACCAUUCCUACUUCUGCCCCACCAAUUACCUCUCCUACGAUUGCACCAGCCCAGCCAUCUGUGCCACUCACUCAGCUCUCCAUGCCAAUGGAGCUCCCCAUCUUUUCACCACUUAUGAUGCAAACCAUGCCACUACAAACAUUACCUGCUCAGCUGCCACCCCAGCUUGGUCCUGUAGACCCUCUGCCUGCCGACUUGGCCCAGUUAUACCAGCAUCAGCUCAACCCUAGCCUUCUCCAGCAACAGCAGAACAAGAGGCCACGGACACGAAUCACUGAUGACCAACUCAGAGUUCUUCGGCAGUAUUUUGAUAUCAACAAUUCCCCAAGUGAGGAACAGAUCAAAGAGAUGGCGGACAAAUCUGGGUUACCCCAGAAAGUGAUCAAGCACUGGUUUAGAAACACUCUUUUCAAAGAACGCCAGCGCAACAAGGAUUCCCCAUACAAUUUCAGUAAUCCUCCCAUUACCAGCCUGGAAGAGCUGAAGAUAGACUCACGGCCUCCUUCUCCAGAACCUCAAAAGCAGGAGUACUGGGGAAGCAAGCGAUCCUCCCGGACACGCUUUACUGACUACCAACUCAGAGUCCUGCAGGACUUCUUUGAUGCCAAUGCUUAUCCAAAGGAUGAUGAAUUUGAGCAGCUUUCUAACCUGCUGAACCUCCCAACACGUGUCAUAGUAGUGUGGUUCCAGAAUGCCCGUCAAAAAGCUAGGAAAAACUAUGAGAAUCAGGGAGAAGGCAAAGAUGGAGAACGGCGGGAGCUUACAAAUGAUAGAUACAUUAGAACAAGCAACUUGAACUACCAAUGCAAAAAGUGCAGUCUAGUCUUUCAGCGCAUUUUUGAUCUCAUUAAACACCAGAAAAAACUUUGUUACAAAGAUGAGGAUGAAGAUGGACAGGAUGAUAGCCAGAAUGAAGACUCUAUGGAUGCAAUGGAGCUCUUGACUCCAACCAGUUCCUCCUGCAGCACACCAAUGCCCUCACAAGCUUACAGCACACCUACAUCUUCAGCUAAUGCAACCUCCUCAGCUUUUCUGCAGCUCACAGCAGAGGCAGACGAUUCCUCCACCUAUAGCUCUAAAGUAGAAGCUACAGAUGAGAAACCAAAGCAGUCUGAACCUCCAAGUACACAGCAAAACCAAACUCAAGAGAAGCAAGUGCAACCAAAGCAAGAGUCUCAGCAGCAACAGGACCAAGGAGAACAAAAGACAAAUUCAGCACACCAAAAGAUUUCACAGUUAUCCUCCCCCUCUUCAUUACAACAGCCACCUCCCCCUCCUCAGCCCCCUCAGUGUUCUUUGUCACAGUCCAGCCCAAGUCCAUCUCAGCUGUCACAUCUCUCCCUCAAACCCAUUCACACAUCCACCCCUCAACAGCUGGCAAACCUACCUCCUCAGCUAAUCCCGUACCAGUGUGACCAGUGUAAGCUGGCAUUUCCUUCCUUUGAGCAUUGGCAGGAGCAUCAGCAGCUUCAUUUUCUGAGUGCACAAAACCAGUUUAUUCACCCCCCGUUCCUGGACAGAACGCUGGAUAUGCCCUUCAUGCUUUUUGAUCCCAGUAAUCCACUACUUGCGAGCCAGCUGCUAUCUGGGACAUUACCACAGAUUCCAGCAAGCUCCGCUACUUCUCCAUCAACUCCAACAUCCACAAUGAACACGCUGAAGAGAAAGCUGGAGGAAAAGGCCAGUGCAAGCCCUGGAGAAAAUGACAGUGGGACUGGAGGAGAAGAACCUCAAAGGGAUAAACGUCUAAGGACAACAAUUACCCCAGAGCAGCUGGAAAUUCUUUAUCAGAAAUACUUGCUUGACUCCAACCCAACACGGAAAAUGUUGGAUCACAUUGCACAUGAAGUGGGCUUGAAGAAACGUGUUGUGCAAGUUUGGUUUCAGAACACCCGUGCACGGGAAAGGAAGGGACAGUUCAGAGCUGUAGGGCCUGCCCAAGCCCAUAGACGUUGUCCAUUCUGCCGGGCUCUCUUUAAAGCAAAGACGGCUCUUGAAGCUCACAUCCGAUCCCGCCACUGGCAUGAGGCCAAGAGAGCCGGAUACAACUUGACGUUGUCUGCUAUGCUCUUAGAUUGCGAUGGGGGACUCCAGAUGAAGGGAGACAUCUUUGAUGGUGCAAGCUUUUCCCACAUGCCACCGACUAGUAGUGAUGGUCAGAGUGUUCCUCUCUCCCCAGUGAACAAGAGCAUGGAACUGUCACCUCGGACUCUGCUGAGUCCAUCCUCCAUCAAGGUGGAAGGGAUAGAAGACUUUGAGAGUCCCUCCAUGUCCUCGGUCAAUCUGAGCUUUGACCAGACAAAGCUGGACAAUGAUGACUGCUCUUCUGUCAACACUGCAAUCACAGACACUACAACAGGAGAUGAAGGGAAUGCAGACAAUGAUAGUGCAACAGGGAUUGCAACUGAAACCAAAUCUGCAUCAGGACCCAGUGAAGGUCUCACAAAAGCUGCCAUGAUAGCAAUGUCUGAAUAUGAAGAUCGUCUGUCUUCUGGCCUGGUCAGCCCAGCUCCCAGCUUUUACAGCAAAGAGUACGAUAAUGAAGGUACUGUGGACUAUAGUGAAACAUCCAGCCUUGCAGAUCCCUGCUCACCCAGCCCCGGUGCAAGUGGUUCAGCCAGCAAGUCUGGGGAGAGUGGGGAUCGGCCCGGACAGAAACGCUUUCGCACUCAGAUGACUAAUCUCCAGCUAAAAGUUCUUAAGUCGUGCUUUAAUGACUACAGGACACCUACCAUGUUGGAGUGUGAGGUCUUGGGCAAUGACAUUGGACUGCCAAAGAGAGUUGUUCAGGUCUGGUUCCAAAAUGCUCGGGCAAAGGAGAAGAAGUCCAAACUCAGCAUGGCCAAGCAUUUUGGUAUAAACCAAACAAGUUACGAGGGACCCAAAACAGAGUGCACUUUGUGUGGCAUCAAGUACAGCGCUCGACUGUCUGUACGUGACCAUAUCUUCUCUCAACAGCAUAUCUCCAAAGUUAAAGAAACCAUUGGAAGCCAGUUGGAUAAGGAAAAGGAGUAUUUUGACCCAGCUACUGUACGUCAGUUGAUGGCUCAGCAGGAGCUGGACCGGAUCAAAAAAGCCAAUGAGGUUCUUGGUCUGGCAGCUCAACAGCAGGGCAUGUUUGAUAACACCCCUCUGCAAGCUCUUAACCUUCCUGCUGCGUACCCAGCACUACAGGGCAUCCCUCCAGUCUUGCUCCCAGGCCUCAACAGCCCAUCCUUACCAGGCUUCACUCCAUCCAACACAGCUUUAACUUCUCCCAAACCCAACCUGAUGGGCCUACCCAGCACAAGCGUCCCUUCACCCGGACUCCCCACCUCUGGAUUACCAAAUAAGCAGCCCCCGGCCGCUCUGAGCUCGCCCACUCCGGCACAAGCCACGGCGGCCGUGGCCCCGCAGCAGCCGCUGGCAACAACCCCACAGCCGCAGCAGCAGCAGCCGCCCCCGCCGCAGCGCAAGGAGAAGGAGAGCGAGAAGGCAAAAGAGAAGGAAAAGGCACCCAAGGGGAAGGGGGACCCCCUGCCAGGGCCCAAGAAGGAGAAGGGGGAGGCGCCGGCAGGUGCCCUCUCGGCCCCGCUGCCUGCCAUGGAGUAUGCGGUGGAGCCUGCCCAGCUGCAGGCACUGCAGGCCGCCCUGAAUUCGGACCCCACCACCUUGCUGACGAGCCAGUUCCUGCCCUACUUCGUCCCCGGGUUUUCCCCCUACUACGCCCCGCAGAUCCCUGGCGCCCUGCAGAGCGGGUACCUGCAGCCCAUGUACGGGAUGGAGGGGCUCUUCCCCUACAGCCCUGCACUGUCACAGGCGCUGCUGGGGCUGUCCCCCGGCUCCCUGCUGCAGCAGUACCAGCAAUACCAGCAGAGUCUGCAGGAGGCAUUGCAGCAGCAGCAGCGGCAAGCGCAGCAGCAGCAGCAGCAGCAGCAGCAGCAGCAGCAGCAGCAGAAAGCGCUGCAGCCCAAAGGAAGCCAAACCCCCGUACCCACGGGGGCUGCCACCCCGGACAAAGACCCUGCCAAAGAACCCCCCAAGCAAGAAGAGCAGAAGAAUGCACCCCGUGAGGUGUCCCCCCUCCUGCCCAAACCCCCAGAAGAGCCCGAAGCGGAAGGCAAGGGCGCGGACUCCCUCUGCGACCCCUUCAUCGUCCCGAAGGUGCAGUACAAGCUGGUCUGCCGCAAGUGCCAGGCGGGCUUCGGCGACCAGGAGGCGGCCAGCGACCACCUGAAGUCCCUCUGCUUCUUCGGCCAGUCCAUGGCGAACCUGCAAGAGAUGGUGCUUCACGUGCCCACCGGCAGCGGCCAGGGCAGCGGCUCGUACCAGUGCGUGGCGUGCGAGAGCACGGUGUGUGGGGACGAAGCCCUCAGUCAGCAUCUCGAGUCAGCCCCGCACAAACACCGAACAAUCACAAGAGCAGCAAGAAACGCCAAAGAGCACCCCAGUCUAUUACCUCACUCUGCCUGCCCCCCCGACCCCAGCACCGCAUCUACCUCGCAGUCGGCCGCUCACUCAAACGACAGCCCCCCGCCCCCCCGGCCUCCCCCGGCUUCCCCCCACGCCUCCAGAAAGCCCUGGCCCCCGGCAGCCCCCCGCGCCCCGCCGGGGAAGCCGCCGCCGCCGCCUUUCCCUCCUCUCUCCUCAUCUUCAACGGUUACCUCAAGUUCAUGCAGCACCUCAGGGGUUCAGCCCUCGAUGCCAACAGACGACUAUUCGGAGGAGUCUGACACGGAUCUUAGCCAAAAGUCAGAUGGACCGGCGAGCCCGGCGGAGGGGCCCCGGGACCCCGGCUGCCCUAAGGACAGUGGUCUAGCUAGCGUAGGAAUGGACACCUUCAGAUUGUAA